CACUAUAUAUAUAUAUAUAUAUAUAAAAGAGACCCAUGCUAAUUUGUAAAAAUAGCAUUAGAUCUCAGCCUAUUUGAUGGUAUUAUAAGUCAUUUACCAAAACGUGGCCCAUUUUAGCUGACUUCACCCUAUGUCUAACCCAGGAGCUGGGUAACACAAAAACUACCCAAACACUGGAAAAUAACCCAAAAAAAUGACCCAAAAGGUUUAACCCAGAACUUGGAUAGAAAAGAUUUACAGUAUUGGCCUUAUUAUAAGGUCUAAAAGUGUGUGUGUGUGUGUGUGUAUACAGUGGCCCCAAAAAGUAUGUGGACACUUAAGCCACAAUCAAACAUGUAUAAAUGUUUUUGUAGGUCUAUUGUAUAGAAAAAAAUGAAAUAGGGGUAUAUAUUUUAAGGAAAUACAGCACAAAAUGGACACUUUCUGACUGACAGAAGUUGAGGUUAUAGUUCUGAGAAAAGCUAGUAUUUGUCUGCAGAUGCCACAUGGUUUGAUGUUUUGUAUCUAAUGCAAUGAAAUUCUAUUUUUAAGUUCCCAAAAUACUUUUUAUGGCCACGUUUUUCCUAUAGGCUACUACACAGUUUACUUCUAGCACUGUUAGUGCAUAUUAAUUUUUUUUUUUUUUUUUUUUUUUAAAGACAUUUAUUUUUUUCAUAUCAAUAGCCUAUAUGGAAAGUAGUAUAGCCCACUUCAAGAUGGCUCUGCCCAUUACUAUGAAUUUUCCUCCAGCCAAACAAUUUUCCCAAAAUUGGGUAAAAACCCAUUUCACACGUUAGGUGCUUUUGUUAUUAGUUAUACACACUAUGUUCUUUGACCCACACGUGAGUUAUCUUUUAUUCAUAAGAGAACACAAGUCGGCUUCCACAGUUUCCAUGGAUAACGUUUAUUAAAUAUUAAAGAAUGUGGUGUCGAAUUAACACCCUUAUGCCACAAACCCUUUAUCAGAAGAUCAGGGUAGACCUUUAAUGUCGUGGCAAUGCACUUUACCAGGAGCACACUCUAAUUUCAGGCAAACAAAAUUUGUAUAAUGUAGAUUUUUAAAGGCAGAAUGGAGCGACGCACAUCCAAUGCUGAGGAGGACCGAGGAGAGAGGAGGAGAGUGAGGUUCCGCGUCGCGUCCGCGCACAGCGGUCGCGUCCUGCAGGAGGUGUUCAGAGAGCACGCGCUCGAAGACUCCGCGGACACGGACACAACUGUGAGCUCAGAGCCAGAGCAGGAGCGCGCGAGCUCGCCCGUCAUCUCGGAGGCGAACAGCCAUCUGAGCGGCCUGGUGGGACCAGAACCGGACGACAGCGGGAGCGAGCCUGACGAGCUGCUCAUGUACGCCAGUGCGACCAAGGAGAAGCUUUUCACCGGAAAACGCGUGAACAUCUUCAGCAAGAACGGAACUAUUCGGGGCGUGAGAGACAAAGUGAGCGCGGGACAGGUGCUGUUUAACAACCUGUCCAAAAUGUAUGGGGACUCGCAUAUUUUGAACCGGCCUAAAAGACCAUGAGAUGGCUUGCAGCAGAGGAUGCUGGGUUACAAAAUAGGGCGUCACCCUGGGUGGAUGUGCAACAGACUAAAGCGAGUGAAAGUGAUGAACAGCGGCCAACGUUUUUGCUUUUAUGUGUUUUUCAAUAUUUGUGUAUAUUGUAGUUCUGUAAAUAUAUUUUUAUAUGAACUUUUUGCAUAAGCAUUUUUGAAUUAAAGAACUGAAAGGAUCUGUAAAGUCAACUGGUUGCUUGGAAUGUUCUUUUUGCCUAUGUUUGGAGUGCCUUUUCUUUAUUUUGACCUUUCAUUGUUUGUGAUAAAAUUGUGAUUUUUUUUUUUAGAAAAUAAGAUGUUUUUAUAUAUAUAUAUAUAUACACACUGUUAAUUUUUAAUGCAAUAAAAACAAAAAAGUCACACCAACCUUUUUAUUUUUCUUAAUAUUUUCUUGAAUCUUUGAAUAAUUAUGCAGAAGCAAUUAACUUGAACUUUAUAAAUUAAAGGGAUAGUUCACCCAAAAAUGAAAAUUAUCCCAUAAUUUAUUCACCCUCAAGCCAUCCCAGGUGUAUAUGACUAUCUUCUUUCAGUCAAACACAAUCAGAGUUGUAUUUAAA